AUGGCCGAUAGCUCUCCUCCUCGAGCGGCACGUCCGAUUGUGCUAGACCGACCAGCCACUCCCCCACCAGUCUCGCCAUCGAAAUCACGCCUCGUAUCUCCAUCCAAAAAGAAACAGCGCAUUCCCACACCCCCUCACGCCCCAAACUUCGAAGAGUUCUGGAACGUUCACGCAGUGAACACUUGGAACGACGAAUACUCACCCCAGAAGCCUCUCAUGUCACCAAGGAAGAUUCGUGCAGCGCUGCUAGAAGACUCGGACUCUCCUUCUUCAUCGCCAAAGAAGUUGCAAAGCCCCACAAAGAAAACUCGCGCCGAGAUUGAUGCAAAGAAAGACUUUGAGAGUAGGAAACACAAACUUGUCCAAGACUUCUUCAUUGAGCUCGACGACAAGAUCACCGAAGGCAAGAUUGGCGAGUUGGCUGCAACGACCGGCGGCGUCAAGUUCAUCUGGAGCAAAACACUAAACUCGACAGCCGGCAGAGCAAACUGGAAGCGCGAGACGACCAAACACAAGAAUCCAGACGGAACCCUUAGAACCACACAAAAGAACCACGCUUCCAUCGAACUCGCCGAAAAAGUCAUCAACGACGAAGAACGCCUCUUGAACGUCGUAGCCCACGAAUUCUGCCAUCUCGCAAACUUCAUGGUCAGCAACAUCAAAGAUCAACCUCACGGUGCCCAAUUCAAGGUCUGGGGCAAAAAGUGCAGUGAUGCUUUUGGCCAUCGCGGUGUAGAAGUCACUACCAAGCACUCCUACCACAUCGACUACAAGUACAUCUGGACAUGCACAAACGACAUGUGCAGCCAUGAGUUCAAACGCCAUUCCAAGAGCAUCGACCCAGCUCGUCACUCUUGUGGUGUCUGUCGCGGUAAACUCGCUCAGACCAAGCCAGUGCCGAGGAAACAGGCAGGUCCCACCAGCUAUGCGGCAUUCGUGAAAGCAAACUUUGCGAGUCUCAAGCAGGAGAUGGCAGGAGCCCCUCACAAGGAAGUCAUGGCUGCGUUGGGUCAGAAGUAUCGGGAUCAGAAGGCCAAAGGUGAUUUGGGUGCGGGUGCCAUAACGCCGCCAACACAGGCAUUGGAGGUUGUGACGUUGGACAGCGAGUGA